GCCGCUCUCGCGAUCUCUCUCUCUCUCUAUGACAACCCGUCUCUGCUUGGAUAAUGUAUGCGUACCCCGUUUUUCGUCGCCAGUCAGCCAGUUCAACUAGACUGCUGAUGGCACCCUCGGAGGAGGCAAGGGCUCUUUCAAACACCGGGUCUGGAAGGGCCAAACCCAAAGAGGAGGUGCUGGCAGAGGCCGCUAACUUUGUGGCUGGCCAUGGUGGAGACCCAGCUGACAGGCUUCUGGUACUGGCUCACUGCCAGCUGCAGUUUGGCAUGUUCCAGGGCCAGAGGUUCAGGUGGCUCCUGGAGAACAGUCUUGGAUAUGCUGUGUAUUUACUGCACAGCAUUUCCAAGGAAACAGUGCAGGCAAACCCUCUGUCUGAGAACAAACAGCUGUUCCAGGAGUUUACCUCUCAGAUCGCAGAGAUGACGGUUGAACUGGAGAAGUUUAGCCGUAAGCAGGAGAUGCAGAAGAAAGCGAAGGACACUGGAGACCAGGGUUAUUUGAUGGUGGAGUUUGGAGAUUUUAAGGGUCGCUCCAUGAAGGAAGUUUAUGAGGACCAGAGCCAGAAGGCCCAGGCCCUCAUCAAUUACCUGAAGACUGCUGAUGCCCGGCCCAACACCAACAUGGCCAUUUUCAAGACGUAUGUCUUGAAGAGACGCGCUGCAGCCACCACCCUCCCAUCUUCAGCCUCCACUUCCACUGGACGUCCUCCUGCAUCCUCCACUUCCUCUGCACCUUCUCCUGCACCCUCCACUUCCUCUGCACCUCCAGCAGGAUUCCAAAGUGGCACAUGGAAGCCCGCCACUGUGAAAUCUCUGCUGGCGCGUGGGAAUCUGUCUCCUUCACAGCUGGUGAAAAAGUUGAUGUCACCAGUUAAACUCUCUCCAGCACCGCAGCUCACCUCACCCCGACCUUCAAAACCCCGGCAGCUUUUCCCUUCUGACUCUGCUGAGAUUGAUGAUGAGGAAAUGGUAUCUGCUGCAGCGCAGUGUGAGGCACAGCUGAAUACAGCUCUUGCAGCCACGGUGCCUCGUGAUGCCUGUGCUGAUCCUCCACCAGCAGCUCUCCUUCAUCAACCUUCAGCUGAGCUUCCCAGUCACUGGAAGGAUCAGCUUCCACCUUACCAGCACGAGUGGAUACGGCACACUCUGUUCAAGGCCAACCCACGUACUGGCAAGCCAGAGCUAGUGUCACCGCUGAAGCUUUGGUGGUAUCCUCCUCAGCCCGCCCUCAUUCACACCCAGCCUCCCGCCUCGCCUGACCACUUCUUCUGUCGGCCGUUGUUCCUGUGGAUGCCCCAGAAGAUGUGGCUGUUUCCUCUAGUCUGUGUUCGUCCAGCCUGCGGCAAGCACAGACUAACAGCCGCAGGAGUGUACAGAACAGUGCGGAAGGUGCUGGACAUCGACGGGUGGUAUGACCUUGCCACUGAGUACCUGGAGUGCAAGCGCUGUUCCAAAAAGUAUCCUGCUUGGUCUGAAGACAUCUUAGGCCAGCUGGAUGUGGGCCACCGCAGCAUGUUUCCAGCUUUGCUCACUUACAGAUACUCGUGUGGCAUCCGUGUGCUGAGGAUGAUGAGGGAGAGGACAAUGGGAAACAGCGUGACCCAGCUGUACAAAAAGCUGCAGGAACAGCAUAGCGAGGCAUGGAUGGAGCGUGUCCUGCAGUACCUGACAGCUUGUGAACCAUUCACAAGGUCCGCUGUUGUCCGUCCCUCUGUCUUUGCUGAGCCUCCCUGCUUACCUGCCCUACCCAAGCCCAAGUGGCUAUUAGCAGUUUAUGCCAGGGAUGUUCUCAGCCGGCUGCAUGAGGUGAAGGCCAAAAUCACCUCCAUCUUUGGCUCUGUCCUCAAGAUGGACUCCACCAAAAAGGUAUCACAGCCCUGUUUAUAUACAGAGUGCAUACAUAAUAGAUUGAUAGAGAUAGUCUUUAAUGUCAUUAUACCAGCAGUACAACUACUGUGCAACUACUAAAAGCAGUGCAGCACACACACACACAAUCACUACACAAACACUUCCACAUGACAGUAAAAUAAAAUACAUACAGCAUACUAAAACAAAGCCUCAGAUAUCAUCAUCAUCAUCAUAGUAGCAUCAGAGAAACAGAGAUUUAAAUAUUGCACUUACAUUACAUUUCAUACUAAUGAAUGCAGUUUUUAACUCC